AGUUCUUGCCGCGACGUGGCCACUCCGUGGGUGUUGCUGUCGACGCAGCGAGUUGGAGAGACAAAGACGGGGGGUGGAGGGAGUCGAAGCUGAGCCCACAGAGACGGCGACAUCCCUCGCAUCGCGCUCAGCUACGCGGUGCGUGCCUUUUUGUCUUGUGUUAAGAUACAUUUUUGCGUUGCACUUUCACCGCUCGUGCCACACACAUCCAGUCAUAUCCACCUCCAGGCACCCAUCCACGAUUAGCCACUGGACCAUAGCCACUCACAGUCACCACCUAUCCACACAGAGAACCACCCGCUCACACUACCAUCCACCUUGCCAUCACCCACCCACUGUAAACCACACACAUUAAUCCACCCACCCACCAAGUCAUUCAUUCACCCACACAAUCAUUCAUCCAUUCAGUUACCCACAUUGCCACUAACCCACACAACCACUCAGCCACCCACCCACCCCAGUCACUCAUCCACAUAGCCACUCAUCCACCCACCCAAUCACCCACCCACACAGCCACUCACCCAUCCACCCACUCAGUCAUCCACACAGCCACUCACCCAUACAGCCACUUACACACCCGCCCACCCAAUCUCUCACCCACCAGUCACUCACCCACACACCCACCCACUCAGUCACCCAAACACCCACCCAUCUAAUCUCCCACCCAGUCAGUCACUCACCUACACACCCACCUACUCAGUCACCCACACACCCACCCAUCUAAUCACCCACCCAGUCAGUCACUCACCUACACACCCACCCACUCAGUCACCCACACAGCCACUUACACACCCACCCAAUCACCCACCCAGCCACACACCCACACAGCCACUUACACACCCACCCAAUCACCCACCCAGCCACACACCCACACAGCCACUUCCACACCCACCCACCUAAUCACCGACCCAGUCAGUCACUCACCUACACACCCACCCACCCAAUCACCCACCCAGCGACACACCCACACAGCCACUUACACACCCACCCAAUCACACACCCAGCCACACACCCACACAGCCACUUACACACCCACCCACCCAAUCACCCACCCAGCCACACACCCACACAGCCACUUACACACCCACCCAAUCACCCACCCAGCCACACACCCACAUAGCCACUUACACACCCACCCAAUCACCCACCCAGCCACACACCCACGCAUUCAGCAGUGGCCAUGAGCGGCCCAGGCUCCGGCGUUCGCGCCACCCUGGCGAGCAUCGCGGCCGACACCACGCGGCCUCUCCCGGGCUGCGGCGCGACGCCACCCAUGUCCGUGCUGGACAUGCACACGGGCGGCGAGCCGCUGCGGGUCGUGCUGGCCGGCUGGCCCGACGAGGCGGCGCUGGGGCCCGGCGCGGCCGCCACGCGGAGGGCCCUGCUGGCCGGCGCGCGGCACGACGCGGCGCGCCGCCUGCUGAUGAACGAGCCGCGCGGCCACCGGGACAUGUACGGCGCCGUGCUGGCCGAGCCGGCCGAGCCCGGGGCCCACCUGGCGGCCGCCUUCGUGCACAACGAGGGCUGCAGCACGAUGUGCGGCCACGCCGUGCUGGCCCUCGGCCGCUUCGCCGUCGACUUCGGCCUCGCGCCGUCCCCCGCCGAGGGGGCGGACGGCGCCGAGCUGGAGACGGAGGUGCGCAUCGAGGUGCCGUGCGGGCUCGUCACCGCGUUCGUGCGGCGCGGCGCCGACGGAGCCAGCGACCCCCACGUCCGCUUCCACAGCGUGCCCGCCUUCGCCUUCAGCCUGGACGAGCUGGUCGCGGUGCCGGGCUACGGGCAGCUGGCCGUGGACGUCGCCUACGGCGGCACGUUCUACGCCUUCCUGAGCGCCUCGUCGCUGGGCCUGGACGUCCGCUCGUCCUCCACCAAGGCGCUGGUCGAAGGGGCCACCGCAGUGACGGAGGCGGUGAAGAAGCAGGUGCGGCUCUUCCACCCGGACGGCGAAGAGCUGGCGUUCCUCUAUGGCACCAUCCUCACCGACGGGAGUGAUGGAUUCUCGGAGGAGCCCACGGCCAACGUUUGCGUCUUCGCAGACGCCCAGGUGGACCGGAGCCCCACGGGGUCGGGGGUGACGGCCCGCGUCGCCUUGCAGCACCGCAGGGGCCUCCUGAGCCUUGGCCAGACGCGGCGCUUUGAGAGCGGCACCACGGGCUCCGUGUUCAGCGGCAAGGCCAUCGCGGAGCUACGCUGUGGCCGGUUCCCAGCCGUGAUCGUGGAGGUCGGCGGAGAGGCGCACUACGUCGGCACGGCGCGCUUCUCCCUGGAGGAGGGCGACCGGCUCGGAGCGGGAUUCCUCCUGAGAUGAGCCGCCCCCCGCAACGAGGGCACGCGACCGCCGGGCCCUCCGCUACGAUGGAGUGCGGCGGGGACGCUCGCGCCGAUUGGAGUCGCGCCGGGCCGCCCACGGCCACCAGAGGCACCGCCGCGCGAUCGCCGGGGCGUUCCGGAGAAACUCCACGGGGGCGGUGCUGGUGGGGCUGCCAGCCCUGGCUUGCUGAUAAAUAAUUGCGGCGAAUGCUGGCUCUCGCGACGUUGGGUUUAAGUUCUGAUGGAUGCACGCUCAGAUUUUGAAUUAGCACAGAUGGCGAUUGCAGAUGAAGCCCGAUUUCCGAAAAAUUGCACGUAUUGAGGAUGUACAAUCUCUCUUGUUCUUGAAUAAAAAUGCGAAUGAAUGAAUGUGUAAAAAAAUAUUACAAAGCGAUUUAAAAUAUAACGGCAGUUUACGUUUUGUAAAAAGUCGCCUGCCGAUGUGAACCGUACUUUGGCGGUAAGGUGGAGCCCUAAGGUGGCCACGUCUCUCACAGUCGCUGGCGGAGGGUGCCGUCGCUGCUUUAACGCGCGGGCAGGACACGGGUGGUGGCCGCGCACGCUCACCCACGUAGGUUCACCGCUGGGUCGCUCCGUCGUCACGUUCGAAAACAUCCGUUGCCCGUCGUGGCCAGCGGUGGAAAAUCGAGAUCUCACGGCACGCGCUGAGCGGCACGUUCGGCGGCUCUCCGCGCGUUGCAUGGGGAACGAUCAAAACAACACAAGGCGAGCGUGCUUUAUUGCUCAGCCGAGUACAAACAGAGCCGGGGAACGGCCCUUUGUGCGUCUGCGCGGAGUAAAUUCUCACGCUCGCGUAACGGCUCGCACUGCGUAAAUAAAUGUAUUUGGGGCAGACCGGCAAAAGCAGAAGCGGAGCCGCGUGGACGUUACUUCACGAGCG